UCUGUGUAAUUUAAGGUUAUUAUUUAUUACAAUUAUAAUUAAUUUAUAAUUUCAGUCAUUCAAACAAUUAUCUGAAUUAUCAUAAAACAUGAUUAUACGAGAUCGUUAAUUUGUAAUAUCAUAAAUUGGAACAUUUAUUAUAAUUAACAUUAAUUGUAAUUGCAUUAUCAUACCUCAAUUAUCAUGAUACAUUAACAUUAAACAAGUCUAAUCUAAAAAUUAGAAAAAAAUUAGCCUAUAUUAUAGAUAUUUAAAAAAGCGAUACAGUGUUCAGUCACAGUCUCGAGAUCAGUUUCAGUUACAGUGUGUAAGUGUUUCCAGUCACCAUCAUUGCGAGACUCCAGACAAAUUUUUAUUUUCUAAAUACAGUUUUUUUUAAAGUCAGUGUUCUUUUAAAUUAUAUAUAGUUUUGUAUUUAUACAUAUACAUUAUACAUAUCAUCAACUCUCAGAACAAACGCUACAUCAUUUGUAUUACAACCAGUCAACACUCAACAUGAAUAUCAAAAAAGUUCUAUUUGUUAUUAUUACAACCAUACAUUUCACUUUUGGAUUCAUUGCUUACGAUUGCGGAGGUCCUAACCUAAAUAUAACUUCCUUUGACAGUCUAGAAGUAGACAACUGUGAUCUUCCAAUACCUUCGAAAACAGAACGGGUAACAAGAAUACAACUAUUGCAAAGGGUUGAAACAUAUCCAGUUAAUUUCAAAUCAUGCCUGAUCACUGUUGAUUAUUUAAUAACAAGGUGUUCGGCGUUUGAAGACGCACAAGUUGUAGAGGGAGGGUAUUUUUCCGACAUAAUAGAGUUAGGUAGUGCUAGAUGUUCAGAGACUCACCAGAAACAAUCUUUCACUUUUCAAACGGGAGGAGUAGUGACAGAUUUAAAAAUAAACGAAACGAUAUUUGUAACAAAUAUCAUUGCCGGAACAUUAGACAAGUAUGGUAAUUGUAAAGGCACAACUUUUAAAUCAAGCAGAGGAGAGUGGGAAGAUGUGGUCGUACAAGCUAAAUUUAAAAUAUUGCUUUCAGAAGGUACGGCUAUAGCAAAUAGUAAAGAUAAUAUCCUCAUACUUCCAACAGGAACCAAAAUGAAAUUAUCUGAAAAUUAUGGUUUUGAUUCUUUUAAAGGAGAGACUAUAUGGACAAACAACCAUUUCACUUGUGAAGUACAAGAUUUCAAUGUUUUAUAUGAUGGUCCUGCAUCGUUAAUAAUUUCAAAUGCCAUUAAUGAUUUUUCAAAUAAUAUAUAUACCUAUAUUGUGGAAACGGAUAAAAUAGUAUUUUCCCUAAAACAAAUUAAAAAAAGUUUUGCAUGCGGGAUGCCAGUGAUUCAAACUGAACACAUACAGUUAGUCAUACUUGUAGAUACCGCAUUUUUCAAUCGAUUUACGACAACAACAAUUUCUCCGCAAAACACUGAUUUGUUAGCCUACGUUAAUACAAAAUUUGUUUAUGUUGAAAACUUCUUUAAAUCUACGAUAACAUCAUUGUAUAAUGACAUAAUUAAAAAACAGUGUGAUCUCGAACGAAAAAUAUUACAACAAAAGCUUACACUAGCCUCUUCGAGCAUUUCCGACUUUUCGUAUCUUAUGGGCGAAGGACCAGGUUUUACUGCAGUGAAAACAGGCGAAAUAAUAUAUUUAAUAAAAUGUAAAAAGGUAAAUGUUGAAAUAUCGAGAAAAAAUGUAUGUUUUAAUGAACUACCAGUUUUAUAUAACAACAAAACGUUUUUCAUGGCCCCCAAAACGCACAUAUUGCAACAAUUUGGAACUCAAAUUGAUUGUAAUAUACUACUACACCCACUGGCUUCAAUUUGGACGGAGACUGGUUUGGUAUUGUACCCAAUAUACAAGAAAUAA